AUGAUACAUCUCAAAUCAGCCUUGGAAAUCGACCGCAUUCGCGCCAGUUGCCGCAUUGCCGCCGAAGCCAUGCUCCGCGUCGAAGAGGCCCUCGCGCCUGGGGUUACCACCCUCCACCUCGACCAAAUAGCCGACCGCUACAUCCGCAGCCAAGGGGCGGUUGCCAGUGCCUUGGGCUACCGCGGCUUUCCCCGCAGCAUCUGCGUCUCCGUCAACGACGAAGUCGUCCACGGCAUCCCCGGCGACCGCGUCCUGCAAGAAGGGGACAUCCUCGCCGUUGACAUUGCCGUUAAAAAGGAUGGCUUUCACGGCGACAUGAACGUCACUAUGAAAGCCGGCUGCGUGCCCCCCAAAGCCCAACGCCUGCUCGACGCCACGCGCCAGAGCUUGGAGGAAGGGUUGGCCGCCUGCACGCCCGGGCAACGCCUCGGCGACAUUGGCCACGCCAUCCAAAGCUAUGUCGAAGCGCGCGGCUUUUCCAUCGUGCGCGCGUACUGCGGCCACGGCAUUGGCCGCAACUUCCACGAGGAACCCCAGUUGCUCCACUACGGCAAGGCCGGCACGGGCCGCCGCCUGCAAAACGGCAUGGUCUUCACCAUCGAGCCGAUGGUCAACGAGGGCGAACACGAAACGCGCGUGCUCGACGACGACUGGACGGCCGUCACAGCCGACGGCAAGCUCUCGGCUCAAUACGAGCACACCGUGGCCGUCACCAACGACGGGCCGGAUGUGCUAUCGCGCUUUGCCGAUCUGCCGUACUGA